CUCACAUUCCCAAACAAUCUCAACAUUCUCUCUCUAAAAUCGUAAUUUAGCAAACUCCAUAGCAUCCCAAUCUCUCUCUCUAAAAUCACAAUUUCGCGAACUCCAUAACAUUCCAGUCUCUCUCUCCAAAAUCCUAUCUUCACGACCACCGUAACAUCCUAAUUUCGUGAACACCACAAUAUAUACGAUAUGCAGCUGGUAUGGAAGAAGAGCGGGAAGCGGCGCCGCCCACUUGAGCCCUGCCCCUCGGACCUCCCUUUCCGCAAAAACGAAGAAGAAGAAGAGCGGCCCCCCUCUCUCUCCUCUUCUUCUUCCUCACCUGUUUGCAGAGACACAGAUGAUGAUCAUCUACGCAUCGCCAACUUUUACCAGUCCCAAGGAGAUAAGCUCGCUGAGAUUGGUAGGUAUCGUGAGGCACUUGGAAAGUGGGAGUCAUCCCUCACUAUUAUGCCAGAAAGGGCAGUGCUACAUGAGCAAAAAGCGCAGGUCUUACUUGAGCUUGGAGAGGCAUGGAAAGCUUUGAGAGCAGCAACCCGUGCUACAGAACUGGAGCCGUCAUGGGCAGAGGCGUGGAUUACCCUUGGAAGAGCUCAGCUGAAUUUUGGAGAGCCGGAAGCCUCUCUCAAAAGUUUUGACAGGGCUUUAGAAAUCAAGCCUGACUCUGAGGAGGUGAAGAAUGAUAUAGACACUGCGGUGCAGCUUAUAAGGAAACGGAAGCGGCUCCAGACAUCUGGAAUGAAUGUAGGAGAAGGCCGGUAUACAGUUAGAGAUAAGACUGAUAUCCCAGGAUCAUAUUGUCAAGGUUGAGAGAGAUUUCUUUUUUGCAAAAGUUUUUAGGCAUUCAAAAGUAUACUAUUAAUUAGAUAGAUGUUUUUUCGGUCCCUUGGAUCUUGACAUCUUCGAUAGCUGAAUUCUGUUGUGGAAUACUAACUGUAAAUAUGUUUAAUCUAAAGCUGGUUUACAUCCUUCCUUUUACCC